AUGCUGGGUGCCCUACUAUUUCCCCGUUCACCUGCUGUAUUUUGCACUGCAUUUGCGAAACACAACAACCUUUGGAUUCUCGAUCAACGCGCUGGCAUCAUCUCACCGGCUCUCGACCUUCCCCCCACUAGGGGUGAUCCUCUGUCCCCUGCUCCAUGGGUGAAGCAUGAACAACAGUCGAAUGACAACACCACGGGCUUCAUCGCCCUGCUAGGGCACGCUACUCGGAUGAGCCAGUGGACCUUUUUCAAUAAGAAGAUCGAGGCUUUGAAGCAUCAGGCAGCUGAUGGCAGCGCCCCGGCGACUCUUGUCAAGGAGACUACAUCUGGUCGCAAUCGGGGCCCCAAGCCCAAGAAGGCUAGUUCCGACGACGAACCGGCCGCCCCGAUUAUGGCAAGCCAGGAGUACCAGCCACAGCAAGUACUCACUGGCAAGUUCAUGCCCAUGAAUGAGGCCGUUCAAACCGUUGCGGCUCUACCGUCCAGCAUGGAUGCCGUUGGAGAGGUCUAGGACCUGGUUUCAUUUCUAUCUUGAGCGCGAGGUAUGGAUGAGACGCUUGAGUGCCAUCCAUUUUCAGGGCUAGUACAUUCG